AUGGGAGAGUGCCAAGUGUUCUGUGUCUCGGACCAGGCAAGCCUGUUAUCUCUACUCGCCAGUCCAGAUCAGGAAAUUGGUUAUGCCGCCGCCAAGGGCCCUAGAUUGCCGUGCAGACUGCCUAUGCGUGCAACCCAAGGCGCAACGGGGGUUCCGCCAAAGGACCGUCUCAUGGCUUGGCUGCCUUCGGUUGACGCUUCUCGCUGUUCCAUGCCAUGGCUUCACGUUGACAACUGGUGA